GUCUCCCAGAUCCUGGACGGUCAAGUAGACUACAGAGAGACUGGAAGAUAAAGAAAGCAGAAAAAAACACAUCCAUCUUAACGCGAUUUCUUUGUUGGCCGUGGAAAAGGGGGGGACGUGUAAUGAGAUGGUAAGCUGAGAGGAUAACGGAAAUCUCCCAUCAUGAAUCCUGCUCAGAUCCCCUUUGUCAGAGUGAAUGAAGAGAGAGUCAUCUCAAAGUCAGAGCUGUUGUCACUUUUGAAGACCUACAACUGCUACCAUGACGGAAAGAGUUUUCAGCUUCGUCUCCGAGAGGAGAGGGGUGAGUUGAUUAUGGAGGGUUUACUCAACAUCUCCUGGGGUCUGCGGCGGCCAAUCAGAUUGCAGAUGCAGGACGACCAUGAGCGCUUUCACUUCGCCAGUGCAGGAUUAUGGCGGCCAGAGAGCCCAGGGAGAGACCACAGGAAUGAAAAUCAACAGAGUCCCAUCCGGUUGUCAUUUGAGUCAAACAACAAUGAAGUUGCUGUCCAGGCGAAAAACAGUAUCGAUGGUCUUAGUUCAGAAGAUGAAACUCCUCAACUUCCAAGAACGAGAAGUGAUGCCAGCUUCAUGAACGUCCAAAGAAGGUCCAAGCAGCGAUCAUCGGGAGACUUACAAAGGGUUAAAAGGCAUCGCUUCUCCAUCAACGGGCACUUUUACAAUCACAAGACAUCGAUCUUCACCCCAGCUUACGCGUCAGUAACUAAUGUUCGUGUGAGCAGUUCAAUGACGGCACAACAAGUGCUGACUCUGCUGCUGAAUAAAUUUCGGGUGGAAAAUAAAGCAGAUGAAUUUGCGCUUUAUUUUGUACAUCAAUCAGGGGAAAGGACAAAGAUUAAAGACUCUGAGUAUCCCUUGGUGUCCCGUGUGCUACAUGGUCCAUGUGAAAAAAUUGCCAAACUUUUUAUCAUGGAAAAGGAUCUGGGUGAAGAGGUUACUUAUGAUGUUGCACAGUACAUUAAGUUUGAGAUGCCAGUGUUGAACAGCUUUGUCACAAAACUGAUGGAAGAAGAGGAGAGGGAGAUCUCAAAACUUACAGAAAAGUACAGUGCACUGAAAUCAAUGAUCCUACAGCAGCUAAAGGAUGUUUCUGAAAGUACUGACUGUGUGUGAUGAGCUUAGUUUUUUACUUGUUUUGACAGAGAACAUACUAGAUGCAAUAAGCUUUAUACUGUUUUUAGUGUUUGCAAGUACCAGGCUCUGAUUUCAUAUAGAAUACUCAGGUAUGACAUAAUACCAAUACCAGGUAUGACAACAAUACCAGAUGCUACUGUUAAAAUAACUUAUAAAGCACUUAAGUAUUUUUAAAAUUAUGUUUUUUUUUUCCGUUUGUUUACUUUAGAUUUUUUUUGUAAGAUUUAGUGACUUUUUGAACAACAUAUCAUGAUUUUACACUGAACAUAGUACACUAUUAUUGUUGUUUUUUUAAGAAUAUAUAAUAAAACUUUUAUACACAUGA